GACACAGCGGAUCACCAAUCACGGAAAGAGCCCAAGGUGUCGGCUCGGUCAUGUGAUCAGCUGUGUCCAAUCACAGCUGAUCACAUGACACUGAUGAUCAGCGUAGCCCCAGCAGUGCCACCUGUCAGUGCCAGUGCCCAUCAGUGCCACAUCAAUGCCACAUAUCAGUGCCCAUCUGAGCUGCCUUUCAGUGUCACCCAUCAGUGCCAGUCAGUGCCACCUAUCAAUACCAAUCAGUGCUUUCAAUCAGUGCCACCUGUCAGUGGCGCCUAUCAGUGUCAGUCAGUGCUGCCUUUCAGUGCCCAUCAGUGCCACCUAUCAGUGCUGCCAAUUGGUGCCGCCUAUCGGUGCCAGUUAGUGCUGCCUAUCAGUACCAUGUAUCAGUGCUGCCUUUCAGUGCCCAUCAGUGAUGCCUGUCAAUGCCCAUCAGUGCCCCCUACCAGUGCCUCCUCAUCAGUGCCACCUAUCAGUGCCCCCUCAUCAGUG